UAAAAGUUGCAGGAAACCCUCCAGGCCUGGAGUUGCCCACCCCUGGUCUAGAAGGAAAUCUAGCUGAAAACUGGAGAGUCUGGAUCCAGAGACCUGCACCUUGUCUCCAGCGGAGUUGAGGAAAGUCCGAUGCAGUGAACUCUGCAUGUAUCCGGAGACGAAGCCAUCGAGCUUGACGUCUGACAGGACAGAGGCGGUUCUGACCCAGGAAACGAAACCCACUUUGGACCAAAUGGAACCACAGUUUCUGAAGGCCAUGGAAGAACUGGAGCAACCAGAAACUGUGGAGAUAAAGCUAGAACCAGAACCAGAACCUCUAAAACUGGAGGAGGAACCAGAACCAGAACCUCUGGAAAUUAAACUUGAACUUUGGGAACCUGAGUUCCUGCAGAUUAAGCUAAAACUGGAACCAGAACCUGUGCAGAUUAAAUGUGAAGUGAGGAACCAGAAUCUCUUCAAAUAAAGCCAGAACCAGAACAAGCAAAGCCAGAACCAGAGGAACCAGAACCUGUGAGGGUGAAGGAGGAGUGCGAUGUUGUCUCCAACAGCCAGGAUGAAGAGCAGACUGGUUCCUUCCUGCUGGAUAUUGGUUUUAAACUGGACCAGAUGGAACCAGAACCAACAGGAACCCAGCUCAUCUCUAGGAAUCCUCCAGAACCUGAGAAUGUGGAUCAGUCAGGAAGCGGUGAAGAACACUCUCAAGAAUUGACUCUGAGUGAGGGAAGAGCAGAACCUGGAGAACUGGACCAGAACCCCAAACAGAACCAGCAGAAAGAGGAGAAACUGUCCACCUGCCAGAUCUGUGGGCGUGGCUGCAUCAGUAGCUACCUGAGCAUUCAUCUGCGCCUCCACACCAGAGAGAAGCCCUUCUCCUGCCCCACCUGCGGGAAGCACUUCAGCUUGAAGAGUCAUGUGACCCGCCACCUGAGGACCCACACAGGUGAGAAACCAUUUUCCUGCCAAACCUGCGGGAAAGCCUUCAACCACCAGGGCAAUCAGAAGUACCACCAGAAGACUCACGCCUACAAGCCGUCCUCAUGCCAGUUCAGUGGGAAGAGCUUCAAACCCAAGACCCCCCUGAGUCACCACAUGAGAACCCACAAAGAUGAGAAACCCUUCAGUUGCUCCACCUGUGGGAGGAGCUUUGGCUUCAAGGGUCACCUGACUUGUCACAUGGCGACCACUUGUCUGAGAAAACUUUCAGAUGUUCCUUCUGUGGCAAAGGUUUCAUUGUGGGGAACCACCUGGUGCUCCACAUGAGGACCCACACAGGAGAGCAGGUGUGAACCUCAGCUGUCUCCUACAGGUACCCUGUCAGGUUGACAUGACAACAGUUGGAGACACUCCAGGAGGAGCUCUCCUCCAGAACCUGGCGUACAGUACAGUAGCACGUACAGACAGAUAUUUUAUUCAACUUAGUACAGAAGCUCCGAUAACAAAACUGCUCACAGGACGAGGAAAUUACUGUUACACACCUUCAGCUGUAUAUAUUUAAACCUCUCCCUGAAACUUUUAUUUUGAAGAAAAAUCUAAAUUUGUACAAUGUGCUGUAAAUAUUCACAUUGUCCAGAUGGAUUCCCAAAGUUCACAGACAAAACACAAAUAAAGGGUCUCUCUUCCUAUUGGUGGACACCAGCAGAUCUGGACCGCAGUGAGCGCGUCUGAUCUUUGGGUUAAAGGUUAAACUAGGAUCAUUUUGGAUCAUUUAUUGUUAUUAUUAGUGCUAGCAUCUUCAUGUUAUCAGGUUUCACUUGACUGAAGUCAAUGGAAAUAGACCUUUAGAGUGAUUUUAAUAAUGAAUAUAAUCUUUGGUACAUAAAUAAAUAAUUUAUCAUGACGAUAAAA